AAUAAAUUGUAUCACUUUGUUCAUCAUCUCUGCUAUCUGUUAUCUGAUUGGUCAGUUUAUCCAACCAAUAGAAUAUUCCUAACAUGUAAUAAAGAGAAAUGAGGAUAAAUAUUUUUAUAAUAAUAAUAAUUAUUAUUAUUAUAAUUCACCGCAUAACAACAACAACAUGAUGGAGUACAAAUUGUAAAAAAAAAGAAAAAGAAUUGCCACUAGCCAACCAAUUUAAUUAUUACAUACCAAUAACUACAAACUAAAAUGAAGACAUUCAGGAAGUACACUGAAAUGCCCGCAAAUAAUCAAUGCGCUCAAAAUUUCGACCUUGGUUGUGAGUUACACAUGAAUCCAACUAACCAGCAAUCCCAUGUAAAUAUAAUGAAUUUAAAUCUAUCCAAUUCUGAGGUUAAAUCCUCUUCGCAUGCUAUAUGCAGUGUAUCACCUUUAUUUGACACUAGUGUAAAUCAGAUCUUGACAUUGGAUGCUGACUGUUAUAAAAACACUGCUGCAUAUCCUGGCAUACCUAGUUGUCCUGAAACUCCACUGGUUUCAGAAGCACAAGGAUUAUUUAAUACCUUACACAGAGUUGGUUAUACACAUCCGCGUAUACGUACAAACUGCCAUUCACAAGCUGGUACAAAUCGUUCGCAUACAAGUGAUAAACUCUUAACGUCAUCAUCAACAACAGGUAGAUUACAGAAUAAGUCAUUGCCAUUCCUACAGACAGUACCACAUUUUAUCUAUAUAAGUAAUCCUAAUAAUCAGUUGACGAAUCAUUCAAAAGAUACAUGUUUACCAAAAAAUCUUUCCACUGAUGAACCGAUAGAACACGUGAAAGUUAUCAAUCAAAAGUGUGAACAUAUUUUAGAGAAUAGUCAUAUUGUCUGUCAAAAUCUCUGCGCUCACUCACCUUCUUCUCCCAUGUGUGAGUGUAAUAAGCGAAGGCAAGAAGACUGUGAUAUCAGCGAUAUCUUAUUCAAUGGUCGUCAUUCAACAACAUAUUAUCCAAACAGUCAAUAUCAGUGUCCUGCACAUUCACAGUUACAUACGGCGCAAGAGUAUUCAUUGAAAGAAUAUCUUCCGGAGCAGGGAGUUAAGCUCAAGUGUGAUUCACUUGCUUCAUCUUCAGCAAACUAUGAAUCUGGUGAAAGGUUGGCUAGCGGAUUUUCGAAUUCAGUGAAAUAUAUGAAAUGUUGUCAUAGGUUAACAAUGACACUUGUUUGCCUGCUAAUCUUUGCUUGUCUGUGUUAUCGAAUUAUUGACUAUUUUAAUCGAUAUGAAGCAAUGAAGUCGCUGUUUGUAUAUAAUAAAUUCAGUCUACCACCUGAAGAAUUCACGGAUACGCAUAAUCAUAGUGAUGCAUUCAAGUCAAUGGCGAAGUCGUUUACAGAAGAAAAGAAGUCAUCAGAUUGGUUUACAAUAACAUUGUGCAAUUUAAAUCCUAUACGCGGUAGCGCAUUAUUCACUGUACAGAACGGUUCACAAAUCUAUGAUAUGAUAUCAAAAGAUCGUCAAAAUGAAAUGGACUCCAGUGUCAAUAUUAUAAGACAGACUGGUGGAAAUAAUCGUGUACCAAUAGAAAUACUCAAGCAGACAGGGCACAAAUUGAAUGAAAUGUUGAAAUAUUGCUAUACUGGAACUGAACGGUGUACAUUCCAUAACUUUACUUCUGUUCUCACAAUUUAUGGACAGUGUUAUCGUAUGAAACUUAAACGAACAGUACACGAAGUCAGCUUUAUGCUGGAUUCACAAGACUACGAUUACAUAAUACCUCAUAAUGGAUUGAUUGGCUUCCGUUUAUGGAUACAUUCCAGUGAACAACAAGCCCAUAAUAUGCUCGAUGUGAAAGAGAAUCUCUGGAGAGGGAAUGGAGGGAAUGAAAGUCAGUUAUAUCAACGAACAGGGAUCGAGUCGAAUGAAAUUAUUGUCAGUACAGAAUUUCAAACUGUUAUCCGUGUAGCAUUAGAUAUGAAUGUUCGUUUUAGGCAAAACAGUUUGAAAAGAACGUUGUGUUCACCAAUGAUACAAUCUUCAGACUGUGAAUAUGAUAGUGAUGAAACAUCACGCAAAGAAGACUCUUUCUGGCUAUCCAAUGAUAAUUAUCACCGUUUUUGGAAUGCACGAAUUAUUUCUGCUACACAAUCUUCAAAAGCAACAAUAAUGUACAGUUUAUUAGCACUUCGUCACCCUAAUCUAUUUAUGCGAAAUAAAAUUGAUCUGGAACGUGGACUGAGGAUACAACAACGUGCUUACGUCCAACUGGCUAAUGAAACUGCAUUCAAUGAACUACGAAAUCUUGUUUCAAGUUAUGAAGAAUUACGAAAUCAACUGGGUAGCAUUAAACAAUUAUUACGUGAAAUAGAGAUUGGAUUUUGGAGAGAUCAAAGAGAGGCUUUACAGAUGACGCAUACAGAUGCAACUUGUUCAAAGAUGGUCAUCAAAUAUUUCGAAACUCUCAUCAAUAUUACACAAACAUUUCAAGAUGAUUUGUGUAGGCUAUCGCUAGUUGAAGCUUUUUAUACCACUAGUUCCUUUCAUUGUCCAAAUUACAAUCAUUCCAUGCAUUCUCCAAUCAUAAAAGAGUAUCCUUCACAGUUGAAUAUGACCAAAGCAUAUCCCUUCCCUUCGCCGCAUACACAUUUAUCUUCACUGCUCAAAGCCAAUUCUCCCCAGACAAGCAAUAUUACUCCACCUCUUUAUGAUCAUCAAAUCAACAAUGGGGAUAAAAGCUUUUAUGAAAUAAUAAAAAAUCCCGCCCUAAUUGAACUACAAGUUGUUGAAUUAUUUUUCUCUAAUGCCACAUACAACUCAAAACUAAAAGAUAUCUUGAGGAAGUAUUUGAAGCUGUUGUCAGCAAAACGUAUGCAAAUGACAACCAGAACAAAUAAUAAUCGAUUUGGAAUGACACUGGGAUCACAUUCCCCUCCUUCUGCAUCCUCGUCAUCAUCCUCUUCAUCCAGCAGCUCUUUAACCUCAUCGUCAUCAUCCUUACAAUCAUCUUCAACGUCUGCUGCCUCUUUGAUUUCAUCCUCACCUUCAGUAUCCUCUGCUGCAUCCGUUCAACAUUCACUUCAAUUCCUUGAAAGAGGAGGCUCUCAAGGAUUGACAAGUGAUGGUUCUAGUGAAUUUCUUUGUUCAUCACAGAUCCAAAUUCAUAUUGAUUCAAUAUACAAUCUGAAAUUAGAGAAAUUAGGUGAAAGUAUUGCUACGUGUAUUCAGAGAUUAGAGGUAUUUCAGACAAGUAUGAAUUUUAUUAUUCAAUGGAAUAAGCAUAUUAUAAAUACAUUUUCAAUCGAUUAUCAACAAUCACAAAGACUUGAUGCGACAAGUCUUGUCACGUUCACUGUACAAAUUGAAAGUACGAAUGCAGGUUUCAGUAUGACACAAUUCACACCAAUGAACAAAUUAUUCAGUCCUUUUGGUGAAAUCAUGGGAAUAUGCUUUGGCACACUGAGUCUACUUAUUCCACUCUACCUACUUGUGGAUUAUUUUUUCACUAUGAAAUGCAAAAAUUCAACGGAUACACAUAGUAAAUCUGUUGCAUAACAUGUAGAAAUAAAUCAGGAGCCCCCAAAUAUCUUCGCAGUUAGGAAGCUAAAUUCAACUUUCAUUCUACACCAAUGUCGUUCCAUCAACUGUUCAGCAGACCACUUCCACAUCCCAAGUUAAUCUGCUUCAAAGACUUACUUACUUGUCUUUCAUUGAAAAUUUAAAACACACCAGUUUGUCGUGGAGCAGAUGAACAAGAAUUCCAGUGAACAGACAUAUUUAACAAAGUACUCAUCUUGUACAUAUAGAAAGAUAUUAUCUUUCUACACAUUAUGCUGCUAUACAUAUAUAUAUUGAGUUAUUCCUACUUUUACUCAGUUCCACUUCCAUUUCUCUCUUUCUCAGUGAGAGUUAUUCCACUGUUUCACUUCUAUUAUGUACAUAAUUUCUAUUGAAAUUGUCUGUCUUUAUUACAUUUUUUUGAAAUCUUAUCAGAUUCUUUCUUGUUCAAAUUUCCUAUCGUUUAUUUAA